AUGAACGCCUCCCGUUCAGUGAGCCGUGCCCUUCGGGCCGCUCAGAGGCUACACAGUAAUACCGCACCUUCAUGGCGGCCAUCUCCCUUGGCUUGUCGUCAGGUCCGACGCUACGCCGCAGUCUCUGCUGCCGAUCUCCAGUUUGGCCAACCAGUACAUGAGACUCAUCCUCACAUUCUCAGAGCCGGCGAGAUCACUCCAGGUAUUACAGCCCAGGAAUAUUGGGAGAGGCGCGCCCGGCUCGCUGAGAAGCUGCCUGAGGGCGGCGUGGCGGUGCUGUCUGCCGCCGAUCUCAAGUAUCGCUCUGGGGCUGUCUUCUACCCCUACCGCCAAGAGUCUAACUUCCUGUACCUCACCGGCUGGAACGAGGGUGAUUCUUUGGCUGUCAUUCAGAAGACGGGCAAGGACUUUGGGGAUUACACAUUCCACCUUUUUACACAACCAAAGGAUCCCAGAGCUGAGCAAUGGUCGGGUGCUCGAAAUGGUAUCCAAGCCGCCACAGACAUAUUCAAUGCCGAUAAGGCAGGCGAUAUCAGCAAAAUCCACCAGUACCUGCCGGACAUUCUCAAGUCUGCGAGCCGUGUCUAUACGGACCUCGAGAAACCAAGGCAUGGGGAACAGGAGAACAAACUGUGGCAACUCAUGAAAAAUGAGAAAUCAUGGUUUCCUUCCGUAAAGAUUCCCCUAUACCCUAUCAUGAACUCUCUCCGGUGCAUCAAGUCACCAGCCGAGAUCGCAAACAUGCGUCGGGCUGGUCAGAUUUCCGGUCGCGUCAUCACGGACGCUAUGCGCCGGCAAUGGACCCGCGAGAAGGACCUGCACGCCUUCCUUGACUACAGAUUUACGGCCGAUGGCUGUGACGGCCCGGCGUAUAUACCUGUUGUAGCAGGCGGCCAAAAUGGCCUCUGCAUCCACUAUGUUGUGAAUAACAAACCCCUGAAGGAAGGAGAUAUGGUUCUUGUCGACGCUGGCGGGGAGUACGGUACCUACAUCACCGACAUCUCUCGCACCUGGCCUAUAAAUGGCAAGUUCAGUGCCGCCCAAAAGGACCUGUAUGAAGCUGUCCUCACAGUCCAGCGCACCAGCGUCUCUCUUUGCCGUGAAAACGCCAACCUCUCCCUCGACGACAUUCACGACCACACUGCCAACGGACUGCUUGAGCAACUCAAGAGCCUGGGCUUUGAUAUGACCCACCGCGACAUAGAUGUGCUGUUCCCACACCAUGUUGGUCACUACAUCGGCCUCGAUGUUCAUGACGUGCCCGGCUAUGGUAGGAGAACGCCUCUGAAGUCGGGACACUGCGUAACCAUCGAGCCCGGUAUCUACGUUCCGGACACCGAUCGUUGGCCGGAACAUUUCCGCGGCAUGGGCGUGCGAAUUGAAGACAGCGUUUGCGUUGACGCCGAGUCACCGUUUGUUUUCACGACAGAGGCUGUUAAAGAAGUCGCCGAUAUUGAGGCUCUGCGAGACUAG